AUGGCAAGCAACAAGAUCGAUAUACACGAAGCUGCAGGAGAUGGAAACCUGGCCGAGGUAAGAGCCUUCCUGAAAGCCGGGGGCAUCGUGGACAAGAGAGAUUCCGAUCGAUGGACCCCGCUGAUGCUGUCGGUCAGAGAGGGACACCUUGAGGUGGCUAGACAGCUGCUCCGAAGUGGGGCGGCGCUGGAGGCGAAAGACGGGGAUAAGUGGACUGCGAUGCACAUUGCCGCUGCCAACGGUCAAUUGCAGUGCUGCCAGCUGUUGCUGGACCGAGGGGGAAACCCUAGGGCCGUCGACGAGAACAGGCGCACGCCGCUUCAUUGGGCUACAAGCUUCAACGCCAAUAGUGCCGAUAUAAUGGCAUUCGAGAUCCUUAUGGGUCUAUGGAGGGGAGAGAAACAGGUUCGGUCGUUCAGAUACGGCUACACUGCAGUCGUGGAGCUGCUCCUCAAGCGAGGGGCAGACGCCAACUUCAAGGAUGCUGAAGGAAAGACGCCGGGCGACGUGGUAGGAAGCGACUUGAGCGAGGACUCUCGAGAGAUCGCGCUCACCCUGCUGAAAGAGCACGCAGCCAGAGUGAAGAACACCAAGCAGCGCCGAGGGUCGUGCCCAGCAAUACCCCGAACGAUGAUGGCAACGGUCGUACAUGCCGCCGGCACCGGAACAAUAAACGGCGCGUCGGUCCCGGCAGCGGCACCACUACUGCUGUCAUCGCCAACAGCCCCCUCGCACAAACCUGGUACCCUUCUCCCACUGCCUUCUGUCGUGGUAACAAACAAAAACGCUGGAGAGAUCGAUGCCGAAACAGCCGUCGAUGGGGCAAAUAGCAACCAAGCGGGGGGCCAGGCAACCAGGCACAUUUCCUUCAGCGCGGCUGAUCGCAUUCGGGACCACUCGUCAACGGGGAAAAACGAAGGGCGAUAUGCUGAAAUUUCGUCGGCUGCUGCCCUUGUUACGGCCGCUGCUGAGGAAACCGGUGUUUCACCAGAGACGCCGCUCACCACCAGUGAAGUAGGGUCGCCGUCGAGGGCAACGUCUGCUCCCGGUCAAACGCCGGGACGAGCGUCGGACCCGAAAAAACGUGUCCCUAUAACGGGUGGUGCCACCACAACGGCCGACACCGCCGGGGGUAUUGGGUCUACAGCAGAGGGCCAAGAUAAUGGGUGCAGGGAUAACAAGAAUGAUAGCGAGGUCUUCGCGCUUAGGCAGGCCCUGAAAGCCGCGGAAGAGCGAGCACGAGCAUCGGAGAAUUCCCUGUCUCAAAUUGAAGAGAGGAGGCUAAGAGAAGAGGCAAGGGCGCAGCGCUUGGAAGAGCGCGUCGCCGAGCUGGAGAAGGUGUUGUCAGAACGGUCAACAGAGCGGCAGGACGCCUAAUGAUGUUCAAGUUGUGUAGAGCACAUGUUGGUAACGUUGCACGUGCAACAGGUUUAAAGACGGUUCCUAGGGUUUCACGCAGCAGGGGUUUGGGGACCGACGAAAGGCGUUGUUCGAAAUCAUGGUCAAUAACUAGUUUGCCGAAAGGAAGUCUAGACGACCUGACCUGGAGCAGUUCGUGUGACACGAUUGACUCACCCCAAGUUGGAAGAGGGAUGAGCACAUGGCGUAGUACCGUGCCACCCCGGUUGUCUGGUCGACAAACAAACGAUGCUUUUUGGCAACAAACAGCAGCAAUGAGACAUAGCCGGGAGAGAUGGGGAGCGUCGGGCGCGACCCAAUAACAUUUAACGACACUGGCACGAUGGGGAGGAAGAUUGAGCCGGGGGGAAAGGCAAGACGGUUACUGUAGCGCCCCCCCCGAGGGGCUGUUCAAAGGCGUGCGCGAACCAUUGUAUAAACAGAGGGGUCCCUUUAGAGGUCGUGUUCCUCCCUUUCGCCUUGUGUGCCCGAUGGAAAUAAAACACCAAGACGAAAGAGAAAGAUGGUCGGCGGCACGAUCGCAGCGGGCGAGUGCUUGGUCGACACCGCGUUUGCGGGACGUGGGGCAGGGGUUUCGCCAACAAAGCGCACCAAAAGGAUGCGGAACGUAUGGGGGGGCAACAAAAGGACGUGGAACGUAUUGGGGGCUAAACGCGCGCAAGCGGGCUUGUUGCCGAGGCUAUGAGAUAACGAUAUGGGGUUCGUAGCGCUGUGCGAGUAAAUAGUGAAAAAUGUUCAUGCAUAGAUCUAGUAUGUACUACAGCGUAUGACAGAUUGCUACCAAGUAGAGACAGACUAUUAUUCCUAAGGAUUGCCGACCGAGUCGCAGGCAGUCACGUUCCGAGCCUCUACGGCCGACCAGCAGAAUGGUGGUGAGUUGUAUAUGUGUUGUUGUAUGCCUAACCCCAACCCCAAAGCACGGAUUGUAUACUUUAUCCUAUAAGUAUAUGCUUGAUCAAAUUUGCGGCGUAGACUACUGGGAAAAAAUGACACUCUACUGCUGUACGUAGCCUGUGUUCGACACAGAGGGUUUUGUGGUUGUUUUUCUUCACAUUAAACUCGUGUCAGUUGCUGAUCCCAAAAUCUAGCCAAGACUCGGUCCGUGGUCACGAAAAUGCUAGAGUCAUCAGAAGAUCUAGAGAACACACACACUAUAAGCAAGAAAAGGGUACACAAGCCCGAGGAGGUACACCUACAAUCCCUGCAGCACGUUUGCGUGCUCACAACUCAAAUACACGCCCCC